CCAAAUUUUCGCGCCCAAAUGGCUUAGCUAGGGUUCUUGUUGGCUCAUGGCUUCUUCUUCCACGAUCGCCAUAGGCAACUGCUCGGUGGAGAUUUCCGGCGACAUCGAUUACGAGAAGAAUGGGAGGAGGGUUUCUUUCAGCAUUCCUGGAUUGGGGACUGUUCGUGUGAGCGCUGCCGCUCCAACCAGCAUUGUUCCUCUCAAUCCCGUAGCUCUUGAUACCACAGGGCAGCAGCUGCUGGGGGACGCUCUCGACCUUUACACCGGCGAAUUUUCUACGUCGUGCCGUGCUUACAUUUCUGGAUGUGUGAAAGAUGGAAAGAACGUCACUCUGGUCCUCGCGGAACACCAACACGUAGUCGCCGCAAUGACUUACCAAAUAUCUUUCUCAGACGAGCUUUGUGCUGUGGUUUUACUAUCUGCCGUACGAAGUAGUCACCAACGGAAGGGGUUAGGGACACGUUUGUGCAUCGAGUUCCAGAGAAGGCUGUGUGAUAUAGGCGUAUCAACAGUGUACUGUUUUGCUGGCAGGGAUUUAAACCGUUGGCUGAUGGUAGCACGAAACCAAAGUUUUCUGAACCGCUAG